AUGGCAUUUGGUGGUGCUACAAAACCAGUAUCUGAAUUAAUGUUUAAUAAAUAUGAUAAAGAUAAAAAUGGAACAAUAUCACGUGAUGAAUUACGUUCACUUUGUUAUGAUAUGGGUUAUUAUUUAUCAAAUGAUGAACUUGAAUGGGCAUGUACAUUAAUUGAUAAAGAUGGAAAUGGUAAAAUUGAUUAUAAAGAAUUUGCUGAUUGGUGGAAAACAUCAUCACGUUUUGAACAUAUACGAAUGCCAAAUGCAUAUCAAACACAAUUAAUAUGUUAUAUAGCUGAAGUAUUUCGUUCAUAUGAUAAACAUAAUCAUGGUAGAUUAAAUAAAAAAGAAUUUGAAAAAAUGCGUAAAGAUUUAAUACGUCAUCAUAUUAUUGAUGAACAUGAACAUCAAGCAUGUCAAUUUGAAGAAAUUGAUCGUGGACAUGAUGGAAGUAUUAAUUUUAAUGAACUUAUUGCUUGGUUUAAAGAUAUUGGAGUUUUAGAUCAAAUUGGUAUUCAUAGUUCAUAA